CACACUAUAAUAAUACCAGCCUACCAAGUUGAGGUGAACCGAUGGUUUUCUGCUGCUUUUCUCUUCAGGAUGUCAGCUGUGAGGAUGACAGAGGGGAGUGUGCAGGUGGAGAGCUGCAAAGCGCCGCUCUUCUACAGACAGAGUGAACCUGCCGCAGGGGAAGGGAGGAUGUCAGUUUUACUCCUUCACGGCAUCCGUUUCUCUUCAGAGAACUGGCUCAACAUCGGCACUCUGGAGACUCUGGCCAGAGCAGGCUGCCGCGCUAUCGCCAUCGACCUGCCAGGACUGGGCCGCUCUAAGUCAGCCGAGGCCCCGGCAGCGGUUGGAGAAUUGGCCCCUGCAGGGUUCCUGAGAGAGGUGUGUGAGCAGCUGAGCCUCAGCCCGGCGGUGGUGAUCAGCCCUUCGCUCAGCGGGAUGUAUUCCCUGCCUUUCCUCAUGCAGCACCAGGCUCUGGUCCGAGCCUACGUCCCCGUGGCUCCCAUCUGCACCGACAAAUUCACAGCAGAGCAGUACCAGAGUGUAAAGGUCCCAUCACUGAUCGUUUACGGGGACCAGGACGCUCAGCUUGGAGAAGUGUCUCUAAGCAACCUGAGGAACCUAGCCAAUCACAGCGUGGUGGUGAUGAAAGGGGCGGGUCACCCCUGUUACCUGGACGACCCGGACACUUGGCACAAAGCUCUCACCGACUUCCUGAAGACGCUGUGAACCCCUCGAAUUAAUCAGAAAUCUUCAUCUGUACAAAAGAAUGGAGCGACAUGGACCGGUGCCCAGAAAAGAAGGAGCUAAAUCAUCCACACACACCAACAUUCACACUCACACACGUACAACAAAAUUCAAUACAUUUUUUACUUCAGAUCUCAAACUUAUCAACAGUGCUGUAUUCCUAUAUUUUUUAUAACUUCACUUAAAAUUUGACUGAUUUAACUCUUUUUUUACUCUAAAUGUUGCUGUAAUUUUUUUUACACACUUGUCAAACAUGGUCACAUAGCACCAGACUACAGACUACAGACUACAGAAUCACAUACACACUGUGUCUUUCCCACAGAGACGCACCAACACAGAUGCAGCGAGGGUCGGGAGGGGGGCAAGAGGCUUUAUGAAAACCAUCCCCUACUUAAUUUAGGGUUGAGUCCUAAAGCAGACCCCCUCCCUUUCAUCAUCCCCAAGCUGGUCCAAUUUUAUAUUUUUAUUUUAUAUUUUGGCAAAAGUAAAUUUGUCAAACCACAGAAAUCAGUCGCGUGUUCCCUUCAGAAGACGUUUCCCUCGUUGGGAUGCACACACAGACAUCACUACAGGAUUCCUCUCUGACCUUCAGUCCGACGGCUGCUCUGUGGAGACCCACUCCCUGAGCUUGCCUCUGACAUUUCACCCGCUCUCAAAAAAACACACCUGUGAAGUGACGUCCUUGGCUUACUUCUGCCUGGUGCUUGACAUCUCCCAGCUGGGCAUGAAUAAGUGUCAUCAUUACAUGUUUGCUCGUAGGUGUGUUGUGCAUAAUGUCUUGGUGCAGGUGCAAAAAAACUGUAGGCCUACAUAUUCAGAUUAUGUGUGAGGACUGUAAGCGUACAAGGGCCAGGAAAAGAGAGGAAGUUGCAGGGGGUACAUUUCCACAGGCACGUGUAGCGCUCAUUUACAGACAGUGGAAAUACAGACAGGAUUCAAUGGCACAGGACAGAGACAAACAAAUGCCAGAAAAGUUAAACUGCAUCCGGUUAUCAACACUGCCAAAUUGAAAAUACAAUAACUUUUUAACAGUCUCUUGUUUAGUUAUUUUUAGAUUCGUUUUUGGAGCCGAGCUGCAGUUUCUCUGCCAGCAGGUUUGUCACAUCAAAUAGUACCAACAACUGUACAGAGUGUGUGGUUAAGUUCAAAUUGUGAAUCGUCCCACCUGAGCAAUACAGUGAGGAUUGGGUGGGUGUGAACAUCGAAGGUCGGAGGCUUUUUGAAAUGGAAAACUCCCACCUGGCUUUCAAGCAUUUAAUAAAAAAACAGGCAUCAAUCAAUAACGAAUCAUCAAAGACGCGAUAAUACAAAAUAAGAGCUCACUAUACUUACUGCAGAACACCAAGAAAACCCGGGGAGUGAAUAUUUUGGAGGAUCUUUUUGUGUGAGUGUACAUGAGGGAGGGAAACGUAUCAGAGCUCUGUACUGUGUAACACUAAGGCAUUUUGAGAGGCUUUGUUAGCUAUGUUGCAUUUGAAGCAGAAACACUGAUGAACUACACAUUCUUUCAGACACCUCGGCUCCCUCAGAUUAACAUUUAGGCAGAGUAAUGGUUAAAGAUGAAUUAUUUUAGUUUAAGUAAAAUCCUUUUUUUUUCUCCCCCACCACAACAACAUUGGAUUUAUGUUGCAACACAGGAUCAGGAAAAAAACAAACAUGUUAUGCUACCACAACUGUCACCCCUCACACACUCCACAACUCAUUUAUAAUGACAUUCCCUUUGAGGGUUUUAACGAAAACAAACACAUCCACACACGAUUCAGGCAGAACGAUAGCAGUCAGGUGGCCCUAAGAACGCUCUAUGGCCAGUAAAGUCGCUGUAUACUGAUAGUGUAUCAUAGCUCUAAACACGGCUUGGUAAAGGAACGGUAUAGUAACUCUAUAUGAUGGCAGUCAGGGGGCCGAGAGGGCAAAUACAUUAAGCUGGAGCCAGUCAGUGUGAUGGCUCUGUGUAAAGCUUUUUCUAUAGCCAACAGAUUCAGUCUCACAUCCAAAGCCUCACACGUGGCUGCUCUAUAAAGGUACUAUACAGUAGCUCUACUCGUAUACAGCCCAUGUGGUCCAAAAACAAAGUGCAUCAAGGCGCUAUGAAACAGAGCGGCUCCUAAACAUCGUAAUGAUCAAAUGAUUUACUGCCACGGAUUACAACCAGACUACUACUUUAUGUGAUCGCCAUAUUUAGUUGCCUUUUUCUGCACUUUAGUUGGAAAUGUUGAUAAGCCCCUAUCCCCCAGCAGCGAAUGGUUUUGAAGUUGGAACAGCAUCAGUCAAAGGUAAAAAGAAAACCCUAACCAGGGCUAUAUGAGACGGUCAUGAGGCAGAGAUCUGUGUGUCGGUUGACCAGAAGUAAAGCACAUGUAUAAUUGUGAUGAGGAGAGUUAAUAGAGGUCACUGGAAAAGCCUCAUUAAUAUUGGCAGAGGUGAGCUUUUGCUUCUGAGAGCACAGGGAUUUAAAAAAUAUUUUUUUUUUAACAUCCGACCAAAACCAGAAGUCAGAAUGGUCGAUUGAUCGUAAAGGAGAAUAAUACACGACGCUGAAGUGAGCAAACACUGAUUCAUAUUUCACAGCUGUCACUAGUGUUAUAAUAAGCCAGAUAGCACUAGCCUCAAAUAGUAAAUAUGAGGAAAAAUACUUGAAGAAAUGCGAUUACUAUCAUGUAAUUACAAUAAUCCCCAGUGGACGUCUUUUACGAGAAAUAAUCUGUAAUUAGAAGCUGCACAAAAUGAAUCAGCAUUCAGUGUCUCCUCUCAUAGUCUUUCCUAAACCUAGAAUUGGAAACCAUUUCCUCCUCGUGUUUUGGCUAUAAAAAAACAAGACCGCAUGAAAGUUGAUCUAAUUUUGGCAAGUAGAUAUAGAGCAUAAAACAAUUAAUGUCUUUUGAAAUAAACACCUUAACGACUUCCUUUUCAAAUUAAAACCUAAAUACACAGUAUGCUUGGAAUACUCAUCACUUCAGCGGUUUAUACUUGACAUGUUGUAUACUUGACAGUUUUUUUUUUUUUUUAAAUGUUAUUUUCUUUUAUGGUGGCGGCUAUAACUGGCUGAUGGUCCACAGCCUACGAGAGGCAGUUGACAGAGCGACAAAACUCUGAGAUAGAGGAGAAGAAGAAGAAGAAGAAGAAAUCCCGCCUUCUGUCUGAUGGACAGAGGCGAAGAGGACCUCUAC